CUCAGGGGGGCGUGCAGGUGAGCCGACAGGCAGGGGUUGCCGGCAUGGCUGAGGCCAGGAAGCGGCGGGAGCUUCUUCCCCUGAUCUACCAGCAUCUGCUGCAGGCGGGCUACGUGCGCGCGGCGCGGGAAGUGAAGGAGCAGAGUGGCCAGAAAAGUUUCCUGACUCAGCCUGUAACCCUUAUGGACAUCUAUACUCACUGGCAACAGACGUCAGAAGUUGGCCAGAAGCGGAAGGCAGAGGAAGAUGCAGCGCUGCAGGCUAAGAAGACCCGCGUGUCCGACCCCAUUAGCAGCUCAGAGAGCUCAGAAGAGGAGGAGGAGGAGGCAGAAGCUGAGACCGCCAAAGCCGCCCCAAGACUGGUGUCCAUGAACUCCUCAGUUCCGGGCCCUGUUGUGCCAUCGAGCGCAAAAGAAAAGGCUCAGGCAAAGACCAAGAAAGCCAGCAAGGUGGUGAACUCCACCCCCCAUCCUGCCUCUGGGAAGGCAGUGGCCCACCUUCUGUCUGGGAGGUCGCCUAAGAAGUCAGCAGGGCCUUCAGCAAAUGCCGUCCUGGCCUCAGAAACUGAGGAGGAGGGCAGUGUCCCAGCCCUCAGGACCACGGCCAAGCCCGGAAUGGCAUCGGCCAACCAGGCCGGCAGCUCCAGCGAGGAGACGUCCACCUCGAGUGAUGAGACCUACGUGGAGGUGAAACCUCCAGUGAAACCACCCCAGGUCAAAGCCUCGCCCACCCCUGCCAAGGACUCUCUAGGCAGAGGGGCAGCCCCAGCCCCUGGGAAGGCAGGGGAUGUGACACCCCAAGUCAGAGGAGGCGCCCUGACUCCAGCCAGCAAGGCCAAGAAGCCAGAAGAGGACUCGGAGAGCAGUGAGGAGGAAUCUGAGAGUGAGGAGGGGGCCCCUGUGGAGCCACCUCGCCAGGUGAAGGCCUCGGAGAAAAUCGUCCAGGUCAGAGCUGCCUCAGGUCCUGUUAAGGCGAUCCUUGGGAAAGGGGCCACCCCAGUACCCCCUGGGAAGACAGGGCCUGCACCUGCCCAGGCCAAGGCAGGGAAGCCAGUGGAAGACUCCGAGAGCAGCAGUGAGGAGGAAUCUGACAGCGAGGAGGAGCCACCAGCUGCCAAGUUGCCACUUCAGGUGAAGCCUUCAGGGAAGACCCCCCAGGUCAAAGCUGCCUCAGCUCCUGCCAAGGGAUCCCCUAGGAAAGGGGCCCCUCCAGUGCCCCCUGGCAAGGCAGGGCCUGCAGCUGCGCAGGCUCAGGUGGGGCAGGGCAAGGAGAAAGACCCGGAGAGCAGCACCGAGGAGUCUGACAGCGAGGGGGAGGUGCCGGCAGCUGCGUCCCUGGCCAAGAACCCUGUUCAGGCAAAGCCCUUGGGGCAAAACUCCCAGGUCAGAGCUGCCUCGGGUCCUGUGAAGGGGCCCCCUCAGAAGGCAGGGCCUGCAGCCACCCAGGUAGGGAAACCGGAGGACUCAGAGAGCAGCAGCGAGGAGGAGUCAGACAGCGAGGGGGAGGCGCCGGCCCAGGCACAGUCCUCAGGGAAAGUCCGCCAGGUCACAGCUGCCUCAGGUCCUGCCAAGGGCCCCCCUCAGAAGGCAGGGCCUGAAGCCACCCAGGGCAAGGCCGAAAUGUCCAACGAGGACUCCGAGAGUAGUGAGGAGGAGUCAGACAGUGAAGAGGAGGCGCCUGCAGCCUUGGCUCCUGCCCAGGCAAAACCGGCUAUGAGAACACCCCAGACCAAGGCCUCCCCAAAGAAGGGCACCCCUGUUACGCCUGCACCUGUCAAGGUCCCCCCAUUGCGAGUGGGCACGCCGGCCCCUUGGAAGGCGGGAGCGAUGCCACCUCCAGCUAUGCCCAGGGGCGCCCAGAGGCCGGAGGACUCUUCAAGCAGCGAGGAGUCCGAGAGUGAGGAGGAGACCGCUCCUGCCGCCCCAGCAGGACAGGCAAAGUCUGUGGGGAAAAGCAUCCCGGUGAGAGCUGCCUCUGCACCCACCAAGGGGUCCUCAGGCCAGGGGGCUGCCCCAGUGCCCGCUGGGAAGGCAGGGCCUGCAACAGCCCCAGCCAAAGCUGAGAUGCAGGAAGAUUCAGAGAGCAGUGAGGAGGACUCGGACAGCGAGGAGGUGACCACCACUCCAGCCUUGGUGAAGACCGCGGUGAAGACCCCACAGACCAAAGCCAACCCAGCUUCCAGCAGAGCGGCUUCGGCCAAAGGGGCAGGCUCAGCUCCCGGAAAGGCAGUUGCUGCAGCUGCUCCGGCCAAACAAGAGUCCCCAGCCAAGGUAAAGCCAACAGCAAGAGCCCCCCAGAGCAGUGCUGUCUCCGGGAGGGGCCAGGGCUCUGUGCCAGCCGUGGGGAAAGCCAUGGCCGCGGCAGCGCAGGCCCAGCCGGGGCCAGUCAGGGGCCCACAGGAGGACUCGGAGAGCAGUGAAGAGGAGUCAGACAGUGAUGAGGAGGCCCCCACUCAGGCAAAGCCCUCAGGGAAGACCCCCCAGGUCACAACCAUCUCAGCCCCCAGCAAGGGGCUCGCCAGGAAAGGGGCUGCGGCAGGCACCCCCAGGAAGUCCGGAGCUGGAGCCACACCGGCUGGGAAGCCAGGGGAGGACUCGGAGAGCAGCAGUGAGGAGGAGUCUGACACCGAGGAGGAGAAGGAGGAGGCGCCGGCCCAGGUGCAGCCCGCCGGAAAAGCCCCCCAGACCAAGGCCUUGCUGGUGAAAGGCGUUGCGGGCACUCCUAAAUCCACCAAGGCCUCCGCAGCACGGGUGGACACGCCAGCCCCACACAGGGCUAAGCCACCGACUCCUGCCCAGAAGGAGGGUAACCCCAAAACUGCCAGAAGCAAGACCGUGGUCCCUGCACCUCCGGAGAAGGAUGCGGAAGGGUCCUCAGAGAGCAGUGACGAGGAGCUGCCGGCCAGCCAGGUGAUUAAACCCCCUCUGAUUUUUGUCGACCCUAAUCGUAGUCCAGCUGGCCCAGCUGCUACCGCCACACAAGCCCCAGCUGCAGACACCCCGCAGAAGGCCCGGGCCUCCGAGAGCGCAGCCAGGAGCUCCUCCUCGGAGAGCGAGGACGAGGAUGUGAUUCCUGCUACGCAGUGCUCCACUCCCGCCACUAGAACAAACGUGCCCGUGUUCACGGCCCACUCAAGGCCUGCGGUCAGAGCCAGCACUGUUGGGGCCACCAGCAGCGAGGAGUCCAGUCGGGUGUCCGAAGGCAAGAAACGGGAGGCACCGGUCGCUCAGGUGACAAAGAGGAACCCUGCUCACCUCCCGCUGACCCAGGCUGCCCUGAAGGUCCUUGCCCAGAAAGCCAGUGAGGCCCAGCCUCCUGCUGCCAGGACCCUGUCUUCAAGUGGGGUUGAUGGUGCUCUGGGAACACUCCCUGUGCUGAGUCCCCAGAGAGCCCCCGCGCCAGCCAAGGUGACCAACAAGCUCCAAAAACCUGAGGUUCCUGCAGCCCAGACGGCCACGGCCACUCCUGCAGGACACCGCAGAGCCAAGGCCUCUGAGACUUCCAACGACAGUGAGGACAGCAGCGGCAGCUCUUCAGGGAGUGAGGAGGAUGCCGCCGGGCCCCAGAUGGUCCCCGCGGCCCACAGCCUGGGUCCAGCCCCCUCCGCAGCGGAGACCUUGGUGGAGGAGACCACGGCAGAGUCCAGUGAAGACGAGGUGGUGGCACCCUCGCAGUCUCUCCUCUCAGGUUAUGUGACCCCUGGGCCACCUCUGGCCAAUUCCCAGGCUUCAAAGGCUACUCCCAGGCCAGAACUCGACCCCUCGGCUUCUUCUACUCCCGCCACCAAAGAUGCCCCAGACGGCAAGCAGGAAGUGGAGCCCCAACGUGCAGCAGGCACCAUGUCCCCUAAAACAAGCAGAAGAGAGGCUAGUGGCACUCCUCAGAAGCCCCGAAAGCCCAAGAAGGCGGCUGGGAGCCCCCAAGCCUCCACGCUGGCGCUGCAGAGUGACAUCAGCCGGCGCCUCCUGAACGAGCCCUGGCCCCUGAACGAGGCCCAGCUCCAGGCCUCUGUGGCCAAGGUCCUGACGGAGCUGCUGGAGCAGGAAAGGAAGAAGGCCGCGGAUGCCGCCAAGGAGAGCAGCAGGAAGGCCCGGGGGGCCCGCAAGCGGAAGCUGUCGGGGGACCAGCCGGCCGUCAGAGCCCCCGGGAGCAAGAAGAAGAAGCAACCGGCGGCUGGGGGAGGCGGAGAGGGUGUGGUCUCACCAGAAAAGGCCUCCAGGACUCCUAAGGGGAAAUCCAAGAGAGCCGGGGCAAGUGGCGACAUCAAGGAGAAGAAGGAGAAAGAGUCUUCUGGCUCCCAAGGGGCAAAGGAGAAGCCAGAAGGGGAGCCAGGGACACUGAAGGUUGAGGGUGGAGACCAGGGCAACCCAAAGAGCAAGAAAGAGAAGAAGAAAUCCGAUAAGAAAAAAAAAGACAAGGAAAAAAAGGAAAAGAAGAAGAAAGCAAAAAAAGCCUCAGCCAAAGACCCUGACUCACCAUUCCAGAAGAAAAAGAAGAAAAAGAAGAAGACCGCGGAGCAGACUGUCUGAGGGGCACAGGAAGACAGGAGAAGACAGCCAGCCGCAGUGUCCGUGCUGGCCGAGCUAGGGAGCCCUGCAGAGAGGCUGGUCAGAGGAGGAAGAGGAGGAAAUGCAUCGCGACCCAGUGACCUCCACUCACUGAUGCCACGUCUGACUUCUGUCCUGACACAGAACGCUUCAUAUAGAUGUGUACAGUAUAUAUAUAUAUUUUUUUAAAUGACCUGCCCCUCCCCCUUCAAACCCAACACGCCCAGGGGCCUCGGGACUUCCCACCUCUUUGCCCUGCAGACCUAGCGAGGCCCGGCCUACAGCUCCCUCCAUCCCGGUCUCUGGCUGAUGCUGAGGCUUUGUCCUCCUCUAUCCGUUUUUCCCGUUUUGUUUGUGGGGUUUUGUAACAACUCAAAAUAAAAGGCUCGAAGGAAAGGCGGGAGUUCCUAGUGCCUUGGGGACAAAUA